AGAUCUGGACCAGCACUGCAGCGCACUUCACGGGCAUGUGGGGCUGCGUAGGGCUCACUCCAGUGGCAUGGGAACAAUGUCCUCAUUGUCAGCUCUCAGAGCUGGCCUGGCACAGGACACAGCGCUCUGCUGACAGGUGGAAGAUGAUUCCCUGCACAACAGCAGUGAGCUCAGCUGAGAAAGAUGAUCUCCUGCCCGGGCAGCUCCUGCCGCCUGGUUAAGGCAGACUGCCUCCAGCCCCUCUCAGUGCUCUGAUUUUCUGGGUGGCUGCUGCUCCUCCUGCUCUUCUGAGAUGCUGCCGGGCCUCGGCUCCUGUUGCAACACCGCAGGUGCCACUUGGCUCCUGCUCUCCCUCCCACUCCGAAACUGCCGGCGAUUGCUCUCGCUUCCCUCCCCAUCUCACCUGCAUACAGCCCAGCCCCACGCUGCCUUCUCCCUGGGAUUUGUGACCUCCCGGCGUGGAUUUGGAGGUGUCGUCACAGGCAGAGCCUUGAGCUGGAGACCACGGCAUCGCCCAGCUCCCUCCAUGCCUCCGCAGCCAGCAGCAUCUUCAGCAUCCGCCCCCCGCAGCCUCGGGAGAACGUCCUUGGCAUCAGUUUCAAGCCCUACAGCCCUGAUUCCAUCCCGGCCCCGGUGCCGUGCACGGCCUGCGAGAGCACACGAUCCUCCAUGUUCAGAGCUCCCUGCAUGAGCCAGCGGCGGCUCGCGCUCAUCUUCUGCGUCUCCGUCCUUAUCGUGCUGAUCGUCGCCCUCAUCCUGCUGUUUAUGUUCUGGCGGUCGCAGACCGGCAUCGUGUACAAGGAGCCCGCAGAGACCUGCAAGGACGACCCCGUGCGCUGUGACGGCGUGGUGGACUGCUCCCAGAGGAGCGACGAGCUGGGCUGCGUGCGGUUCAGCUCCGAUCAGUCCUUGCUCCACGUCUACUCCAGCACUGAGAACCAGUGGCUGCCGGUGUGCAGCAGCGCCUGGGACGAGUCCUUCUCUAGAAAGACCUGCCGGCAGCUGGGCUUCCAGAACGCGUCGCAGACAGAAUACGUCCCCCUGCACAUCUCUGGCAAGAGCCUCACGGUGGCGGAUGAGCGGGACACCAUCCAGCAGAGCCUCAACAGCUCCCAGUGUCUGACGGGCAAAUUUGUCUCCCUGCGGUGUACAAGUAAGCGGGCUGUCCAGCAAGGCAUGCUGACAAGGGCAGCCUGUGGGCAGAGGAUUUCGGGCCGAAUCAUCGGAGGGAAGGAAACCUCGGUGAGCAAAUGGCCCUGGCAGGUCAGCGUGCAGUACGGGCCCGUCCACAUCUGUGGUGGUACCAUCAUCGAUGCGCAGUGGGUGCUCACCGCCGCUCACUGCUUCUUCAUGAACAGCAUGAAGAUCCUCGACGACUGGAAGGUGUACGGUGGGGUGUCGGACCUCAAGCAGCCCAUGGAGGGCAUCCCAGUCUCCCAGGUCAUCAUCAACUCCAACUACAGUGAUGACCACGACGACUAUGACAUUGCUCUCAUGAAGCUCUCCCGGCCGCUGACGCUCUCAGCUCAGAUUCGCCCAGCCUGCCUCCCCAUGCACGGCCAGCGGUUCCAGACCGGCAGGUCCUGCUUCAUCACCGGCUUUGGGAAGACCAGGGAGAACGAAGCUCUGCAGAAGGUGUGCGAGAAGCAGCAGCUUGCUCCCUCCUACAGCGGGGGACCGAGGCUGGCCCUGCCCGACGGCUCCUCCUGCCUUGCAGAUAACACCUCCCCAAAGCUGCGGGAGGCCGAGGUCAAACUCAUUGACUACAAGAUCUGCAACAGUGACAAGGUGUACGAGGGCUACCUGACCCCGCGCAUGAUGUGCGCUGGGUACCUGCAGGGGGGGAAGGAUGCGUGCCAGGGGGACAGCGGGGGGCCCCUGGUGUGCGAGGACAACGGCCGCUGGUAUGUGGCUGGUGUGACGAGCUGGGGGACGGGAUGUGGCCAGAAGAACAAGCCUGGGGUAUACACACGUGUGACGAAACUCCUCAGCUGGAUCUACAGCAAAAUGGAGAGCGAGAACAACUGAAGCCAGGCUGGAACCUGUGCAGCAGCACCGGCUGGCACCGGCCCCUCGCUCCCCCUGCCACCAGGGCACGGUGUACCGGCUGCUGUCCCCACUCCUCCGGGCUGCCCAUGCAAUUGGGGAUCUGCAGCUGCCUGGAUUGUGACAACGCAGCACCUGCAGAGCACCUCUGUCCUGCUGAGGGCGUGGAGACGUCUCUGCCCGGGGCUCAGCCUGUGCUGGAUGUGCCCACUUGGAGCUGCUGUCUCAGCUGUGGCCCUUGGCCUGCAAACAGAGGUGCCAGGGCCAUGUGUCCUUGAAGGGGGGCGCAGCCGGAAGGUGUGGGGCUGCUGCCCAUCCCUGCAGCUGGAAGCCAGGAGCAGAAAGCUGCAGGUGGCUGCGGUGAGUGAGCCCCUUCCUCUGCUCGCUGCAGGGACAGCUGAGCAAAGGGGAGCCCCAUAGGGCAGCUGAAGCACCUGCUCAGAGGAGGAACAGUGGUUGCUCUCACAUUUGCAUAUGGAUUUAGGAAGUGUCUUUUAAAUGAAGUCUCCCUCCCAGCAGAGAAACACCUAUUUAUUUAUUUUUCUAUGCCCCGGAAGCAUUCGCUGCUGGGACUGUGUGCAGCCGCUCUCAGCUCCCUACGGGCCAAGGGCAGAGGUUGGGCAGCAGUGCAGGGCUGGUCUGCUCCUGGGGUCAGCAGGGCCAUGCUGUGACACAUGUGACAGCAGCCAGCAGCAGCUGAAGCUCGGGACAGGGCGAGAUAUGGAGUAGCACCCAGCCCCAUGCUAGCCCCAUGCAUCCGUGGCCAGUGCCAGGUGCCAGAUUUCUUUGUCUCCGGGCUGCACGCAGUCCAUAGAGGACUCACAAAUGCCCGUGUCUCAGAGCAGCUGUGUCGAGGUGCGUGCAUGCUGGAUGGAGGCAAGGCUGCUGCUCUGCUGAGGCUGUACCCCCAGCUGCAGGGGGUCCUGGUGCUCCUGUCUGCCCCACACUGUUCUCAAUAAACGUUUCAGUAGUG